UUUAUUCAUGGCAUUGAAUAUCAUCACUGCAAUAAAUCCUGAAGAAGAUGUUUACACAAAAUUACUGCGGAAACUUUUAGAUUUUUUACAUACACUAGGCUCAAAGGAAUAUGACUGUGGGCCAAAGGAUUCCAGAGAUCCUUUGGAAAGAGUCAAUAUUUCAGAGCUGUUUACGAGUAGAUUUAUAGACCGUAAUGAAUGGGGAGCAAUACAGCCAGGGGGAAAGGUAGAUGGUCUGCAAAACCUACCAAAAUACGUCAUUAUUUCACACAGUGCCUCUAGUAAGGAAGCGUUUACAGAAGAGCAGUGUGCAGCAGAAGUGCGUUCAUAUCAGACCUUCCAUAUUUAUACCAAAGGAUGGUCUGAUAUUGGAUACAAUUUCUUGAUUGGAGAGGAUGGGAAUGUAUAUGAGGGCCGUGGAUGGGGUAAGGAAGGGGCUCACACGAAAGGACUCAACAAAUACAGCAUAGGUAUUUGCUUCAUUGGAAACUUUGACAGACGUCUUCCAAACCAAAAAGCACUUAGAGCUGCUAAAGAUCUGAUACGCAGGGGUGUGAAAGAAGGCAAAAUAUCGACUAAUUUCAUUUUGAUGGGUCACAGAGAUUUUAGAGACACAGUGAGUCCUGGGAAAUGCCUAUACCAAGAUUUAAAGACAUGGCCUUUUUAUCAUGGAAACUGAUAUUGCUUAUGUCGACAGAGAUUACAAAAUGCUAUUAUUAUCUACUGUUUUGCAAUGAAUACUUCGUUUCAAUAAAAUUUAACACGAUAAA